AUGGCGGUUCCGCAAAGUAAUGGAAAGACCGUGUUGAUUACAGGAAUCAACGGGUACAUUGCUGGCGUACUCGGUCAGCUUCUGUUGACCAAAGGCUAUUCCCUCCGCGGUACAACAAGAAGAGCAGCAAGUGUCGAGCCACUUCUGAAUGGUGCAUACGCACCUUAUAAGAAUCGUAUUGAAAUUUUUGAGGUCCCAGAUAUGACAAAAUCUGGCGCUUUCGACGAAGCUGUGAGAGGAGUCGAUGGGAUCUUCCACACCGCAUCACCAAUAAAUUUUGAUCUCACUGAUUUCGAUGAUGUUGUUCCUGUUGCAGUAGCUGGAAAUGAGACUCUUCUUGGUUCGGCAUUGGAAGCUGGCCCACAAUUAACCUCUGUCGUUGUCACAUCAUCUACCAUUGCAGUAACAAAUCCUAAAGAAGAACCGGAAUACGCUUUUACCGAGAAAGAUUUCGCAAGCGCUGCUCUAGAAGCGGCGAUAAAGAACAAGGAAGCCGGUCAGCCAACGCCUGCUGGUGUCCUGUACGGCGCGAGUAAGACUGCCUCGGAGCAAGCUUUGUGGAAAUUCAGAGAUACUCAUAAGCCAUCGUUUUCAAUUACCGCUAUAAACCCUUCAGUGGUAUUUGGUCCACCAGUAGUGUUGGCGUCUGAUCCUAAGCAACUCAAUGAAACACUCAGGCCAAUCUACGCAUUAGUUUCCGGAGAAGCAAAGACUGUACCACCUACCAUCGGCUCAGGUUCUUUUGUUGAUGUCAGAGAUGUGGCUCUUGAGCACGUCUGGGCUUAUGAGCACCCUGCAGAGGCAGAUGGACAGAGGUAUAUCGCGUGUGCUGGCAAAGGGUCAUUUCAAGGAGUUGCUGAUAUCCUGAGAUAUCAUUACAAAGGAACUCCAAUUGGAGACAGGAUUGCUGCCGGUAAUCCUGGAGAGGGUUAUGUUGGAUACAAUAAAGAGACGGGGGCUGUUUCAAAUGCGCAAUAUGCUCCUGGGACGGUCAGAAUUGACGGGACAAAAGCUGAAAAAGCCAUGGGAUUUAAGUACAUUCCAUUAGAGCAGAGUAUCGUCGAUACAGCAAGGGUUUUUGAGACUUAUUUUAAGACUGCAUGA